AUGGCUCAAUCGGCGUUUACCGCGCCUCAGCAGAAUGAGUAUGCCGGCGAUGAGGUAUCAGCAAUAGUCCUCGAUCCAGGCUACUCCACUGUUCGCGCCGGUCUCGCUGGCGAAGAUGUCCCCAAAUCCAUCGUCCCCACCUUCUACGGCUCCACCGAUGGCAAGCUACUCUUCGGCGACAACACGAUCCACAACUCUUACGUGCCCAACAUGGAGAUCCGCAAUCCUAUGUCCGAGACAGACGGUAUCGUCCAAGACUGGGACACCGCAGCAAAGCUAUGGGAAUAUAGCAUCACGAGCAGGCUCACGGGCGAGAAGCAGAGGAGCCCAGCUACCAACGGACUGAACGACAUGAAGGACGAAGAUGUAGAGAUGGGCAUAGACGACGUGGAAGAGCAGGAGAAGCCGCUCGCGGAUAGUCCGCUGCUCAUGUCGGAGCCAGGCUGGAGCACGGUCAAGUACAGGGAAAAGUGCAUCGAGGUGGCCAUGGAGGAUUGGGGCACGCCCGCAUUCUACCUGGCCAGGACGGGCGUUUUGGCGGCGUUCGCGUCCGGGAGGCACUCAGCGCUUGUUGUGGACAUUGGUGCAUCGGCCACAUCUGUUACGCCUGUUUCUGAAGGCCUGGUACUAAAGAAAGGGAUCCAGAAAUCACCCCUGGCGGGCAAUUUCAUCUCUAACCAAAUCCGCCUUAUGCUCGCCUCUACUUCUCCGCCCGCACCUCUCAUCCCACAUUACAUGGUCGCCUCAAAAUCGCCCGUUGACGCCGGCGCUCCGUCCAACGCGACCUACAAGAAGUUUGACACGCCUCCCACAGCCUCCUUCCGAAGAUUGGAGGAAGAGCGAGUCCUAACCGAGUUCAAAGAAUCUGUCGUGCAAGUGUGGGGUGGUCCAGGAAGACUCACCAGCCACGACCAGAACGGGAUCAGCAACGAGGACAAAGCUAGGCAAAUGCCUGGAAGGACGUUCGAGAUGCCGGACGGCUGGAACCAGGUCUAUGGCGUUGAGAGGUUUAGAUGUACCGAAGGCUUGUUUGAUGCAAAGGCUGCGCUUUCGGACAGUGAACAUCCCACACCGUCGCUCAGUCAGACGCUACCCGCGCUCAUACAAGCAUCGCUCAGCGCGCUCGAUGUGGACAUCCAUCCAGUCAUGCUCAGCAACAUUGUUCUUACGGGCGGCUCGUCGCUGCUCGUCGGGUUGAGCGAACGACUAACUGCGGAGCUUCAAGCGAUGUAUCCAGGACCGAGAGUCAGGAUCUACGCGCCGGGCCAGACAGUUGAGCGCAAGUUCGCCAGCUGGAUUGGAGGCAGCAUUCUGGGCAGCUUAGGUAGCUUUCAUCAAAUGUGGGUAUCGAAGAAAGAGUACGACGAGCACGGACCAAACAUAGUCGAGAAGAGGUGCAAGUAG